AUGGAGUACGAUGGACGGAGACCCUACUCUGUUCUAACGAGAAAUGAAAUUACCGUAAAGAUGAAGAAACAGAUCAAUGAAAUCUCUGACAUCUUCUUCAUAUCAAACUCCGAUGCGACCGUACUUCUUAUGUAUCUCCGAUGGGACUCGCUUCGUGUUUCAGAGCGUUUAGGUGAAAACAAGGAGAAAUUAUUGAUGGAUUCAGGUUUGAAAUCAGUCAUGAUCGAUCCCAGUCCAGAUUCAUCUAGCGAGAUUAGCUUGGAGACUGAUGUUUAUGAGUUUGAUGGUGAUAAUGAUUUAAUCUCCAUGCCCUUUUGUUCUCACAAGUUCGACUCAAAAUAUUGGAGAGAGUAUCUUGAGAAGAAUUUCUACUAUGUGGAGAAAAUCCAAACCACAAUCUCUUGUCCUGAUCAAGAUUGUCGAUCUGCGGUUGGACCAGACACGAUUGAGAAACUAACAGUACGUGAUCAAGAGAUGUACGAGAGGUACAUUUGGAGAUCUUACAUUGAAGGAAACAAGGUAUUGAUGAUCAAACAGUGUCCUGCACGGAAUUGCGAUUAUGUUAUUGAGUUUCAUCAAGAGAAUGAUGAUGAUGAUGAGUAUAGUUUAAACGUGGUGUGUAUCUGUGGUCAUAUCUUCUGUUGGAGAUGCAGACUUGAGUCACACAGACCAGUGAGUUGUAACAAGGCCUCUGAUUGGUUGUGUAGUGCCACAAUGAAAAUAUCAGAUGAAUCAUUUAGCCUUUAUCCGACCAAAACCAAGACAGUGACUUGCCCUCAUUGCCUCUGUUCUCUGGAGUCUGAUACAAAAAUGCCCCAGUUCUUGACUUGUGUCUGCAGGCUUCGUUUCUGUUCGAGGUGUUUGCGGUCAGAGGAAGCCCACAAAAUUGAAGCAGUAGACUCUGGAUUCUGUAUUAAAACAGAAGUGGGGAUUUUAUGUGAGGAUCGCUGGAACGUGUGUCAGAAGUUACUGGAGCAAGCCAAAUCCGAUCUAGAAGCUUUCGAGGAAACCAACAUCAAGAAACCGAGUGACUUAUUAAGGGAGCAAGACAUUAUGAUUAUAAGAGAAGGGUUGAUGUUGAUUGUUCAAUGCAGACGAGUCCUUAAAUGGUGUUGUGUGUAUGACUAUUUCCACACAGAGUAUGAGAACUCGAAGGAGUAUCUACGAUACCUCCAAGGAAAUGCAAUCGCCACGCUCCAGAGUUACUCAAACACUUUACAAGAGCAAAAAGAUAUCGUCCUCGCUGCAGCUACUUAUGAAGAGUGUACUUUCUUCAGACAUACGAUACCUACUGCGACAAGCAACAUUGGUAACUACUUUUAUGAUUUUAUGAAAACUUUACAAGAUGGUUUGGUCGAUGUAAAGGUGAAGUCAUACAACGGCGGGACUGGUCCUUUCUGGUACUGUGAUCGCUGCACGUAUGCAAACACUUGGGAGGAUAAUGAGUGUGAGAUGUGCUAUGAUGAUAGUGCCUCUCUUGUGGGAGAGAUAAGUGAUUUGUUUCUUAACAAAGUUUCUUAA